AUGGAAUGCGAAGCUUCAGACAAGGAACCGGUAAAACACAAGGAACCCACAACGCGUGUCUGGAAGUUAAAACGGUACGGUCGCUUUCUUCCCAAUGGUAAAGCUAAACCGUCAUGGAAAGGCACCGGCUGCGCGUGGAAGAUUUUUAACUCCAGUGAAAGCUCUGGUCAGUUGGACUUCAGUAUUUUGGCCUCUGCUCAUCUGCUGAUAUCUCAGGGUCAGGAGCUCUUGGAAGGAUUUUCUCUGUUGGAUGCACAGAGUUUUCUGAAGGUCCAGCAUAAAUCAGACAGUCUGCUCUUCAGCAUUACACUAAAGGGAGAAAUCCGUCUGAUCAGACUUCAGUUCGAUGGGCGGACUCGUGCAGUAGCUGCAUGUUUUUGUAAGGAAGCAGUUGAGAGGCUGCAGGAUUAUGUACCUGUUGAAGAGCACAUGACCACACGAUCUGCUGCUGAAUCCACACCUACAGAACCUGGAGCAUCUACACAAGAGACACAGGCCCCUGAAGAUGAACCACGGGCGGCCCCGACUCUUCCUAUUGAAGCACUGUCAAUCAAACAACUUGCUCAGUACUUCCUGGGCGAACGUGAGCUCUCUCUGCCGAUGGCCUAUCAUCAAUCCACACUGCCUCCUAAGGACCUGGAGGCGUUACUGCGUUUGUGUCUGCUAGACUCCGACUUUCCAGCUUUUGUUGAGGAAGUGGAGAAAAAGAUCAAGGAAAUUAAAGAAUGAGAUGAAGCGGGAUAUGUGUCGCUGAAAAUGGCCAGGAGCGACUCCUCUCCUCGAAUUCGUCCGUAUGGUCGGGAUAUGCAGUUGGUCAUCUGGAAACAGCAAAUGGGAAUAACUCCGUGAACUUGUUUUUUUGAAGAAAACAUUGUUAAAAUGUAAAGCAGUUUAAUUUUUAAACCUUCAGCGUUCUUCUGUGUUGGUCUGUCAGCUCAGUUUGCGUUUCGUUGUCGCACGGUUUUGUCCUUGUGGUUGUUCGUAGAGUUCGUUUUGCUGGAAGAUGGACAUUAACAAAAUUACAAUGAAUCAUUUCAAGCAUCAGAUAUGUCUGAAUAAACUCAAACUUUUCUGA